AGGAAUUCUCCUACACCAUGACUUCCCAUAUUUAAAUUUAUAAGAGUUUGCCCCUAGCUCACGAUGGAUACCCUACAAAGAUGAAAAGAACUCUUCGUCUUGUAGAUUUUGAUAUUCUGUCGUUGCUCCUCCUUUUAAUUUUUCUUAUACCGUUGAACAAUUGGUUUGGGUUCGUUUACCUCCUGAUACUUGAUUGCUAUUAACUGACGAAGAUGAACUUAUUAAAUGAAGCUUUAUUAGUUUUGAUGAAUCUGCAACUGAUGCGAUUCCUCUACUCCAUGUCGUGUGCAAAAAUAGCCUCUUCCUCCUGGUCGAAUUUGAAAAGAUGACAUAUUUAUAAUCUAGUACUUGAUGCCAGUUGUUCUACUUGCUUGUUUUGACUCUCACUCUCCUCGUUGCAUCAUGUACUAUUCGCAGAUGGACCCUCUUUGAGGUCGUGAGUGGAUCGACUUCGAUUUAUAGCCGUCCCUUUGAGGUGGAAGCGUCAAGAACGCAGAGGAACUGGAAGGUAAAUUCAAAAAUUCAAUAGGAGGCUACAUUUCCAUUUUUUAGUUGAAAUUAUGUUGCCCCUUCUCGGUCUCGGCACGGCUUCCGCCGCAGCCGCUGGCGUCGCAGGCUUGGUGGGCCUGUUCUCCUACAACCAUGGGAACUGGACCUCAGAGGGUCAGAAUCGACAAAGCCUGUUAUACCAUCUCCAGUCCAUGCGGAUGUCUCAGGCUGAGCUUUACAGAGACGAUCUGCGUUCCAUGUUCUCCUCAGUGGAUCAGAAAAUGCAAAGUUUGGUCCUUGUUGCCUCCAUUCUACUUGGUGUAGCGUUUAACCUGCUCUUGUCGAGCAGUAUUUACGAAAACGACUACCCAAUGUGGACGGUUUUGUACCUCGGAACUCACGUCUGCAGCAGCUUGCUGCACUUAGCCUUGGCUUUGUACUUUUCGGUCUACAGUUCGAUUGCAGCUGUUGCGGCGAUGGUGCGCGUACUGACGCAGGAAGUCCGUAUCCCGAUACCCAAUUUGGACGACAUCAAGUACGGGAUGUCGUACGCCAGUGACUUUGAGCAGCCGAGGAACGUACACGAAGCUUUGAGGAUACCGUUUCUGAUGCAGACUGGAGGGCGGAGGCAAUACAUGGGCGAAGGAUGGCCAGAAUUACUCGCGAGGAGAAUCUUUGGCGUCCAAAGCGGCGAAGACACGGAGGACGGCGUUUACCGUAGGUUUCUGCGCUUGAUAGGGUCGGAUCCGCAGGCCGCAUCAGAUACGGGUAAACAAGUAUUACGGGUAGGUUAAAGGUGCUUUUCUUAGUACCGCUUUUUAUGCCUCUCUCCCUUAAGAUGAGAAAGGCAUAACAAGCGGGGUAAGCGAGCACCAAAAAUCUACCUCUAAAAGUAGAUGGGAAAUUCGUUACUGUAGCGAAAGAUAGGUAUGUUGAUACUUCUCCUUUGGGCAGAGCAGCGAUGGACGGGAUGGCAGGCAUACACGCGGGACAUCACGAAUUCACUGCAGCAGAGUUGUGCCAUAUGAGUGGGCGGGUAGGAGGUGCUGGAGCCUCUUCAGGUGGAGCAGGAAUGAUGAUGAAGAACGGAAGAUCAUAUGGAGGUAGCAGUGCUAUGGCUGGUGCUGCAUCCGAUCCCUCUGGAGGCAUUGGUGAUAGAAUUGUGGUAAACAAUGGAGAGCAGGGUCGCAUAAGCGCCGGGUCCAGUAAUAGGGUUCGCUUUUCGGCUGCAGCAGAUCAACAUGAAAGGAGUGGAGAACUACGAAAGCUGAAUCUGGUAAAACCAAGUAGGAAACAUACUAAGAGGGGUGUUAAGGGUAUGUUGAUGACUGGGGAAACGUUCAAUUUCGGACACGAAGAAAUUUUCGCUAGUGACGACGAGGACCGCGCGCGAGAUCAGCAGCAUCUUCAAGAAAGUAAAAACGCAAAUGAUCAUCUAUCGAAGGCUGUUGAGAUCCGUAAAGAACGCAAAGACGCUGCUAUUCGGCAUUGGGGUCGAAUCGUAAGGCAUAAGUUGCGAAUGCACUACUUUCAGACUGGCUCUGCCGUGGACAACUACAACUGUGACCUUGAUUCGUUCAUGUCCUCGUCGUCGACAAGUAGUUCUUCCUUGAGAAGUAGUCGUGAUGAGACGAAUGGAGCAUCACCAGGUGGUACAUCCUCUCGUCCAGGUGGAUCUAGAAGUAAAAAGUCUCGAAGCGGACCUUCACGUAGGCAGCGGAAAGACGCGUCGCUUGCCGCACCACGAGUCCGCGUGCAUAGCAGAAUGGUAGAAUUCUUGCCGGAGGACCACAUGAAACCGCCUGAGCAGGAUAUCGCGAACUGUUUUCACUUCCGCCACUACCACGACUUCGACAAGCGAUGGGGCGCAUUUCAGAAACUAGCGAGAAUAUGCCUGGCUUUGGGGACGUCCUCAUUGUUUAGCAGUUUGAGUGCGUUUGUGCUGAUGUCAGUGGUGUAUUCGAGGCGGUUGUUUUUCCCAGGUUUCCUGUUCAUCUUCAUCCUCACAAUUGUGCAAAUUUGCAUUCAAAAAGUUGAGGUAGCGAGCAAGUUGCCUCUACGGUUAGACGCUUGCCUCGCUUUAGAGAGUCUCAUUGCUUGGACUAUUGUGGUGCUGAUCGACGUCAGCGGAGAGUACGAACGUUUUGUGCCUUUGGUGUUCUUCGUCAGACUAGUGUAUCUCCGCGAACUGAUCAAGUUGACGCCGUUUUUAGGCUCUGGGCGAAGUUUCGAGCAUUUCCGCAGUGCACGAUUUGCAGAAUACAUGACUGCGAGCACGCAUGUAUUGAACUCGGAGAAGGAGGCAGCGAUGGCACAUCUGGAUAAGGCUGAGGCGGAUGUAGGAGCGCAACAUGCACACGCGGAAGUGGUGGAAGAAGCGGCAAGAAGAGCUUCAUCAAAGGGUAAAACUGGUGCUGGUGAGAAUGGAAAAAAUCAAGAUGUUGGGUCAUCUUCUGCAAAUAACAUGUUGAUAACAUCUUCUCCUGCUGCACGAAAUGAACUGCAUCAGUUGGGCGCGUUAGCGGAAAGGAAGAGGCCAAAGUCCACUACAGAAUUGAACUAUGCUUUACCAGUGCGGAGUUUGGCUGCGAUGAACAGGCAAAGUCAAUUGCGAAACCGCGACAGCCAAGAAAUGCGAUACUUGGAACAAUUGGAGGAAGAACAAGAAAGAGAAGGACCAGGUGGACCACGAGGUGUUUUUCCAGGUUCCUAUGCUUUAGAAGUGAGAGUCCAACGCCUUUUGAAUCUCUUUGAGCAUGCUUAUACCUUAAUCCAGAUGGACGACGCGCGGAUCGGUGCUGUCCAGGCCUGUCGCAGGACCUUUGAUAAGAGCAGGCGGCAACUCUCCAAACGCUUCCCAGACGCACUGAGACCGGAUUUAACGGUUGCUGAUGGCGCUAAUGCAGAGUUUGACGGGAAAAGAUACCUAGAUGGAGGUGCAGCUGUUGGUGGAGGAAGUGCUGGUGUAGCCACCCUUCCCUAUGGAGGAACCAUGACGUCAAGACCAGCCAAUGAUCUUUUCUCGAUCGAGGCAGCAGAGGAUCGUAGAAGUAAACUCGUUGGAGAUGCAGUAAGCAGGAUGUUUUCGACCGGAGGUCACCAGAUGAGGGAAGGAAGCCAUCAAUUAGCAUCCAAGAAUACAAGUACAGAAGAUGACGAAGAGGAAGAAGAGGGUGCAAUACAAAUCCAUAUAUCGGCCCCAGGAUCGUCGUCAGAUGAUGAUUCUUCGUCAGCACCUGCAGUUGAUCAUGCGGAGCAUUCAGAUUCAUCUGGAAAUCAAAGUGCAGCAUAUAGAAAUAGAAGUGGAUCCUCAGCUGGAGCAGCAUCUUCAAGAAGUUCGAGGAGAAAUCAAUCGCCUUCGAGCUCCUCGGAGGAUGACAAGCACAGCUCUUCAAAAGCUUCUUCUGACCAAGAGGGCCUAGAGCAACGAAGAAGACCCGCUCGUGGUCGCGGUGCAAGAGGUGAAGGCUCUACUGCUGAACUUCGGGAUUCCCCUAGUCUAGUUGCAGCUUUGGACGCAUUGAAUUCCUAUACUACACCUUCACCUGGUGCUACGGGAGAUGUUGGAGGUUAUAGCUCCUACGGUACCUCGUACGGUGGAUACGGAUAUGGCGCUUCUUCAUCCGCGGUGCCGACUUACUCAUCUGGAUACGAUACCGUUGGCGCCGGUGCAACUACUUCUGGAGGAGUAUUUGGCGCUAAUCAUGAUGUUAAACAAACAGCAGCAGGCGGUGCUUCUACGUCGUCAGAGAUGGCAGAAAAUAAACCUCGACGACCAUGGACCACGUCUAGCAUAAUCCCACCCGAUGACGCCUGGGUCGAGCUAUACUACAAUGGUAGUCGCGGACUGCACUUGCCUUACUACGUGAAUCCGGUGCUGAUGACGAAUUCUUGGACCCGGCCUGAAAACGUGCCCAACGAAACGGAGUACCACAUUCCGACAUUGCUUACGCUUCAAGUGGACACACGGCUGUUCCAUUUAGGGGUUAAAGAUGCGGUUGCAGCUCUGGUGCUGAAGGAGGGACGAGAUGGGGAGGAAGAGGGAGAAGAUGGGGGUAAGCACGGCAGAAGUACGAUUGACACAAAACAAGCAGGUACUAAACAAGCGGAAGGUGAGCAACUCCAAACAGAAGUAGAUGAACAGGGUAACGUCGAGAAUCUUGCUUCGCAGGAGGAAGAGGGUGAAGAUGAAGCAGAAAAUGUAAAUGAUAUUCAUGAUACUUCUGGUGCUUCUGACCACAAUAGCGAGGACGAAAAUUCUCCUUCUGUUCAAGAGGAAGAGAGGCAAGAAAUUGAGAAGGAGUCUUCUACUAGCGACGUUGCUACAGGAAAGGACAAUGAGCAGCAGGUUGAUGAAGAGCAGGAAGAUAAGCUGGCGGAUGAUGCGAUCACAAGAGAAGGUAGUAGAGACAACACGAACAUGGCUGCUCUUCCUGCUGCACCUACAUCAACGACCACCACAACCAACAUGAAGCCAGUCGAGUCUUCUGAGGCGGAUGAUGACUCUGAUGACAGCGAUGAUGAUAUGGUCUUUGACGUGCUACAGGGAGAAGCCGUGGCUGCUCGUGUAGGCGCUCAAACUGAGCGCCCUUCACGCAAGGUCAUGGGCGGUGGAAAUUAUGAGGGUGCACACAAAGCAGAGCGCGUAGGUGGUGGACUAAAAAGAGGUCUAGUUCGUGGAAUUGACGCUUCUGAACAAGAUGACCGAGAAAGGGAAAGCACAGAGACGGAGAGCGAGGUACUAAGCCAACAAGAUGAAGGGUUGCGUGAAACACAGCUGGCGAGCCCAACUGGUGGUCGUCAAAGUAUGCACUUGAAUGGACGCAAAAACAAUACCAAGCUCAAGCAACGAAUCGGAGGACUGUUGCAUAGAGUCCUGCAGGACAUGUCUAACGCUAAGAAGUCUGGUACAUCAACAAGCAAGAAAAAUGAUGCUUCCAAAGGAGGCCCAUUUUCGUCUAACAGUGACGAUGAAGUCGGUGGUUCGGAUGAUGAUAUGUUUCCUACUGCACAGGGCGGUGGACGAGGACGACCAAAUAAUGAAAAUUAUACCAAAACCAAAGGAGCUGAACCAGGUUCAGGAAGAGCAGGAAGUCAAUCUCAACAUCACGUCACGCCCUUACCUGGACGCCUGUUUCGCUUGAGCACGGCUAGUAUCUUUGCCUGCUGGAGCCUGGGCUUCCUGUGGUGCAUUUUGGUGUACUCAAUCUUUUUGGAACGGAAACUAGUUUCGAAACCAGGUGGCGAGGGAUUUGGUUCAUCUACUAGCUCGUUGAAUCUAGGCUCUCCUCUUCGAAGGAAAUUGGGACGAGGAGGAGUAGAAGAGGAAGACAUUCAUCAAGACCGCCAACAACGAGAAGUAGUACAUGUCGAUGAAGAAGUAGAGGAUGAAUCCUACUGGUGUCCGGAUUCGACACUUGUCUGCCGUUUUCUUCUCCGGGUCUUCAACAAAAAUAUCGCAACCCCUCGAGGACGUCAACUUCAACAUAUUGUUCAUAACAUCAACUACCAGCAGCAGCAGGGCAGCUUAACGGCCACUACUUCAAGUCCUCAACAUCAUGUGUAUGGAGUGAACAAUCAGCAUCCAGGUAACACCAGUCCUUCGAAUUAUCCAUUAAGAAACAGCGCUAACAGUAAAAAGCAGAUAACAUCACCUGCGCUGCUUCAAGAAGCCCACCAGCAGCAUCGCGUUGAGACUCUAGCCGUGAUUCUUUGUGACCGCAUGUCUGCGAAAAGGUGUGCCGCGAAGCAGAUUCGCCCUAUCAGUCGGAAGCUACGCAGUGACGUCGAUUUCGAGGAAGAUGGUUUGAUAUCUAUGGCGGAGAUAAGGAGGUAUCUAGAAAUCGUGAACGAAGAUGGAACUGAAGCUGAUGAGGAUGAUGUGAGAAUUUGGAAUUUUGCUAUUGAACUGCAGCGUUUCGUACAGGAUCACGAAGAAAUAACUCCGGCAGAACAAAAAAACUAAUGAUGAAGAAAGGGGUAGAAGGCGAAGGAUUUUUACAGUCUCGGUCCUCAUUCUUGACGAGGUUUAUGGGACUUGUUAUGUCAAGAUUCUUCGUCGUGCUCGUGUACAGAAAGAAGUCUAGAUUAUGGCUAUAUCCCAUCGUUAUCUUGAUGUUGAAUCAUGAAUGAAGUAGAUCAAGAUGCAUUCUUGAAAUGGACACGAAGACAACUACUAGUUUUUGUUUGAGAAGUGUUACUCUACAAAAGCACACCCAAUGAACUUCCCAACAUUCGUCCCUUCAUACGAAUACAGUAUUUUUUUUUUGUCCUGAAGUAUGUAAGAUCAUUUACUUCGAUCAU